AUGCCGACUAAAGCAUGUAAACAAACAGUAAGUACAGCUUCGGUGAUACCGCUAUCAAAUAAAUACUUGGUUAUAGACGAAGACUGUAAUAAAACCGCAAGCCUAGCACAAGAUGUCGUAGAAGAUCUUUCCACGCAAAAAAGGUGGCGUGUGCCGACUAAAGCAUGUAAACAAACAGUAAGUACAGCUUCGGUGAUACCGCUAGCAAAUAAAUACUUGGUUCUAGACGAAGACUGUAAUAAAACAGCAAAUAGGGAUGAACCAGAAUCAGUGACUAAAUGUCCAAUAAAGUGCACAGUCAGGAAAAUUUUUACAACUAAUAAAACAAGGAACUACAAAAAACGAGUUCUUGUGCUUGGAGAUAGUCACGCCAAGAGAAUCGCCGAGAAAAUGAAUGAAUACAGUUCAUCAUUUACGGCCGCAGGAAUAACUAAGCCAAGCGCGCCUUUGACCGAGAUAACGAAAAACAGUAAUUCACUAAAUGAGUUAUCUAAGAAUGACACGGUCAUAAUCAUGGGUGGAAGCAACAAUGUAUACCGAAACGAGGGUAAAUUUGCCACACAAUGUCUAAAAACAACACUACUGAACCUCAAAGUGCCGAAUAUCGUAGUCACUAGCAUGCCUCAUAGAAACGACCUGCAGGACAACUCAAUCGUAAAUUUGGAGCUUACAAAAAUAAAUAGACAAUUUCGUAAAAUAUGCAAGUAUCAUCAAAACGUAACAUUCUUUGAGCUUCCCAAUUCAAGAGAACUGUUCACGAAACAUGGUCAACACUAUAACAGCGCUGGGAAGUCGUGCAUUAGCAAAAUGCUGACAAAACUAAUACAAAAAGACGACCACGCUGUAAGAAAUACAAUUGCAAUACAGCCAGUUUCUAUCAAGGAAAUACGAAAACACCUUAACAGCUACAUAACUAGUAAGUCAGUCGCAGCCACAGCAUCAGUGCAGCCAGGAUCAUCACUUGAACAAGAAGAGGCAGCGCCAGAAUCAUCUUCAACAAAAACAGCGAGAAAAUGUGAGGAUCCAACGGAAGAAAUAGUGGCCAGUCCAUCAAUCAGUAGGAUAACCAUAACACCCCAUCACCAAAAGGAUUUUUUAGACCAAGGCAAGAGAAACAUAAAGACUACAAGGUAA